AUGGCUCGUAACUUAUCCUUAGUACUGUUAUUUUUAUUUGUUGCUUCAUCCUCUGCAGUCCAAGUUGCAGAACUUGAUCUUAUUUGCAAGAAAACUCAAGACCCAAAAUUUUGUUUCAAUCUUCUCAAUUCCAGGCCUGGUGGAACAAUGGGUGCAGACCUUGUUGAUCUUGCCCAAUAUGCCCUUGAUGUAACACGUGCGAAUAUCACUAUCACAACCAAACUAAUCAAGAGGUUGAUUCGAAGAAAUCCUACUAACCUUGAGGCAAGAGAUCAUUAUACAAUAUGUUUGAAUCAAAUUCAUAAGGGUGCAAUGGGUAAAGUUGAGUCCACUCAAGAGAUAUUAAAAUCUGGAGAUUACCAGGACUUGAAUGUUGUUGCGUCUGGAAUUCGAACACACAUUGACCUAUGUAUUGAUGGAGAGUCACCAAUUGACACUCCUUAUAAUGACACCUCUUUACUCCCAGCAUAUGCUAAUGAUAUCUCACAGGCUGUUGAGAUUAUUGUUAUUAUAUCCAAUAUUUUGUAUAAGUAA